AUGCACGGGCAACAGUCUGAAGACUUAUUUGAUGUCACACUUGGCAGCAAUACCUCCCCUGUGGACAACUGUGAUGGCCUCAUCAAAGGACAUGUAGCGCACAGACUCACUCUCCUGUGCAAAAUCAUCAUUUACCGAUCCACCAUUGGGGAAAAACAGAUUAUGGAUGAGGGAACCAGCAUCAGAGAUAUUCAAUUAAAGAACCAGUCUGGUACUAUGGAAUUUACACUGGUUGGUCUCACCAGCUCUGCAGAAUUACAGACACUUCUCUUUGGGAUAUUCACACUCAUUUAUGCUACUGCUUUAGCUGGUAACGUCCUCCUCAUCUUUACCAUAUGUACUUGCAAGAAGCUCCACACUCCCAUGUACUUCCUGCUCAUCAAUUUGUCCUUAGUCAAUGUGUUUUCCAUCUCAGUUACAACUCCAAAAUUGCUCCAGACUCUUUGGACCCAUAGAAAGACCAUCUCUUUUUAUGGCUGCAUUACACAGAUGUAUCUAUUUGUAUGGGCUUUGGGAACAGAGCUUUUUAUCCUCUCAUUUAUGGCUUUUGACCGUUAUGCUGCUAUCUGCCAUCCUUUGCAGUACACAGUCAUCAUGAAGAAGGAAGUGUGUGUUGGCAUAGCCAGUGGAGCGUGGGUUGCUGGGAUGUUCAAUUCUGCUGUUCAUGCUGGUCUUAUGCUGACACUUUCCUUCUGCAACUCUAACAUAGUUAACCAUUUCUUCUGUGAUGUACCCCCACUUUUAGAGCUUUCAUGCUCUGACACCAGCCUGAAUGAGAUGAUGGCUUUUGUGUCAGAUGUGAUCUUUGGGAUUUGUAGCUGUGGGCUGACCCUAACAUCUUACUUCUUUAUCUUGAGAGCUAUCUUCAGAAUCCGUUCCACUGAAGGGAAAAAGAAAGCUUUCUCCACAUGUUCCUCUCAUCUCAUUGUAGUCAGUUUUUUCUUCUCUUCAUCCAUUUACACAUAUAUCAGGCCCAGCUCAGACUACUCUCUAGACAAAGAUAAAUUUGUUUCUCUCCUUUAUUCAGUGGUAACCCCAGUUGUUAAUCCACUCAUAUAUUCUCUGAGAAACAAAGAUGUAAAAGAGGCACUCAAGACAAUUACUGGAAGAAGCAGGCUGCUCCGGAAAGCUCAAGAUUGA